AUGCUUAUCAAAAAUGGUAGUAGCACAAAAAAUAAAAUAACUAAUAACAACAAUCCUAAUAAUAUACAUCAUAUUUCCAAAAAGGGGAAGAUGAAUACAUCAAUAAAUUACAAUAUAUUCAAUAAAAUAUAUAAAUAUUUAUUACUUUCUCAAUUAAUUGUAUUUCUAUGUAUUAACUAUAAGAAUAACCAUAAGAACUACUUUUAUGAUCAAUAUAUUUAUAAAAAUGAAUCAUUUAAUACAUUACAAAAUAGAUCAUUGACAGAGAUUCAUGUCAAUAAUGAUUAUUCCAACUUAAAUGGUUCAAGUAAAAAUACAUUAAAUUUAAGACCAAAAAAUAUUAACAAAAAUGAUAAGCAAAAUAAAAAUAAUAUAAAGGAAGAUAUUAAUUCUAACAAUAAUAUAAGUGAUGAUUUAAUAUCAAAACCUAAAAAUUUAGAGGAUUUAAUAUUUAAAAAAAGACGAGAAGAAGCACAUUUAAAUGAAGGAAAAGUUUUAUCACUCUUGGAUAAAAUUAAGUGCUUUUUUGAUAUUUUUGAUGAUUUUUUUAUAGAUAGAAUGAUAGAUUAUGAUGUUCAAAAAAAAGAUUCAUUAUCAUUAAAAUUUAUUACAGAAAAUAUUGUAAUACAUGCUAUGGCUUUUUUCCCUUUUUCUUUAGCAACUUUUCCAUAUACAUCCGAUAGAAUAAAUUUCUUUGGGAUGAAUCAUGAGAAGAAAAAGAACAAAAAGGAUAUAUUAUAUAUAACGGACAAUAAAAAAGAACUUUACGGUGUAAAAUAA